AUGGCUAGGACCAGAGGAUUAGGUCGUGCCUUAGGUCACGUUACUGGCAGAGGUGUGGGCCGAGGAGAUCGUGAUGAUUCCGAUGAUGCUCCACAACGUCGAAGGCCUAUCGCAUCCGCACGAAGGCAGCGAGUCCCUGUGACUGCGGCGCACGAUGAGCCAGUGGUCCCUGCGCCAGAUGUAGAGGUUGACGUAUUUCUGGAUGACCCGAUGGCACCAGCCGAUGUAGAGGACACUGGGGCAGACAUUCCUACAGACACAGGCGCGCAGGCUGCUGAGGAUGAGCAUGAGGGAUUUUCGGGUGGUCCGAGUGACCUAUCCAUGCUGACUCAGUAUGCGAAUCACGUUGCUUGCAGCAUAUGGACGGGAAAGAAGCGUCCUGAGUUGAAGUUAUCCUCUCACGGGAGGAAGGUCCAUAGUUUAGGCAGGUCUGUCCCUGCCAUUGAGGGACUAGUUGUUGGGACAGGACUAAGUCCUCUGAUCGUGUGUUCGGUAGACACCGGCGAUUGGGGACUGUUGUCCUCGUUUGUCGAGCGGUGGCACCGGGAGACGACUAAUUUCCAUCUCCCUGUGGGAGAGCUCACGAUCACACUGGUCUCUACAGAGGCUGCCAGAGCUGAGACAGGGCAGUGUCGUGGGCCGUACUGCUGGAUUUACGAGCACUUUCCCUCAGUCGCGGAGUCCACUUCUGAUCAGGACUACAACGAGGAUUCCCCGCGUAUAUGUAGGUGGAUUGCGACGAAGAAGACUGUGAAGAGCAUAUGUACAGUGGCGUACAAGGAGCGCCUGGACCGACUCUGGAUUCCGAAUGUCUGUUGGAUCCCGUAUAGGGAGCACCGACCGGUCCAGAACUUCCAUUUGAUUUCAUGCUAUUCCGGUCUCUUGCGCUGGGGGCCUGUUGCUGUUUAUUACCAGCCAGAGAGGGUCGUGCGGCAAUUUGGGUACACACCGGCCAUUCUGGCUCCGCCUGUUGAUUCAUAG